UAAAGUAGUUAGGCUUUUCUUACAUUCUGCUUUAUUCACUUCAGUGGUGUUUAUCUUCCUCAUUGAAACUGUGGCUUUGUGAAAAUACUUAAAAAUGAAGUGUAUCUACUCUAAUGAAAAAAUGGCACUUGUGAUGCAGAGCAUAGAAACAAAGUACUCAGCAUUAUAAAUCCAGACCACCGCUUUUAUGGAGAGCCUGUGAACCAAUUUAGGUUAUUUUUUGCAUUUACUUUACAGAUUAAGUGUAAUGAAAAUUUUUCAGUGGGAUAUUGCCAAUGCCAAUGAAAAACAAAAUCUGAGGUAACAUGGGCAGUAGAUUUUAUCUGUGUAAUCAUGAAUGUAUCUUAACAGCUCCAAGUAACUGAAAAGGACCAUAAGGAAAAAUAAAAAUAAGCAGAAGAGUUUAACAACCUAGAUUCAUGCAGCAUAAUUUUGAGCAGAAAGGCAGGAGAGGAAAAGAGAGAAUCCUUUAAGGUAGCUGAUAGAGGCAACGUAAUCUUUGAUGACUCUGACUGAUACCAACUCUCAGAUCCCAUUACUUUAAAUCUUAGAAAAUUUUGGUUAAAAUUUUGACUAAUUUUUGAAAAAAAAAAGCUGGAAUAGUAGUGGGGGUUUUUUGAGCCUUUUUUUUGUUAUUCCCCCACCUGCCCAUCUGGGUGCAAAAAAGAUUAAUUCCACUGGAAACACUCACUUUUUUUCCUGAUGACAUUGUAUUCUUGUUCAAAAAUUUUGGUGCUGUUUAGUUGAUUGUCUGGUUUCUAAAAUCUGCUCCUGUAAAAGCUGGCCUUGAAACAGUAUGGUUUCAUUGCUGACUCUUCUUUUUAGCUUAUUUUGUGUCUCAUUGACUAGAGGCACCUUUCUAAUCCCAGCAUUAGGGUCUCUAAUGGAGCAUGUCACAAUUUAAAGUCAUUGAGAGCAGCAUCUAAGCAAUCUUGGAAACAUUGCUCAUCUUUGCUUUAGCUUUUACUGCUCUUCUGUACAUUAUAAUUAUGUGAUAUAUUUUAUUUCAACAGUACUCACACUUUGAAAUUUUCUUUCCAAAAUUUCAGUUUUGAUUUUAAUAAUAAAAAGCUGUUUUCUGAAAUUGUAAUAAAUUGCCUGCAUACAAAUGGGGAUGUGGAAAAACAUUGAGAACUCUUUUUGAGAAAUUAUGUAGGAGAAAAUUCUCUGUGUAAUAAAGGAAAUGGUUAUUUAAAAGUUAAAUGUGGGACCCAUUACAUCAGGGUAUCUGCUACUGCUUGCGUUGUUAAUAAUAAGUAUCUGUCUGAAGAAAAUGGUUGCCUUUUCACAAUGGGUAUUGCAGCUGGUGAGAUGUCGUAUUAUGUAAUCUUUUCCUUCUGAUUUAAGAUUUCCUCUGAUUCAUUUAAUAGUACUUAAGGUUUUGAGUUGUAGUACAAACCUGCAAAACAUCAAAGCCCCCCUCAGUUACUUGAGAAAACUGCAUUAUAGGAUUCUUGCUGAGGUCCUAUUUGUUUUAUGUGCUCUCAGGAUCUCUGGACAAGUUUUAUAAGAGUAAUGAACUGAAGUAAUCUGGUCAUUGCUUACCUCAAAAUAACAACAAAAGGAACUGUGUGCAAAAAUAGUGUAAAGAAUACCAAAAUCAGAAGUUAUACCCACGUGGAGAGAGGGGACGGGGGACACUGCCUUUUCUUUGCUUCAGGUGAACCUCUCCAGGUCUAAACUUUCAUAAACUUAAUUUUGCUGAAUGACCAUCUAGAUAAGCUGAAGUAAUGAUGUUUACUUAUGUAUUUGGAGGACUAAAGAAUAAUUGAAAGGAAUUAGAAUUAUUGUCUUGAUUCUUAGCGUGAUUCCACUACUGUAAUUCUUCCACAAAUUGUCUUUUUAACAAAAUGUUGCUCCAUGUUGUAGAAGAUUUGAAAAUGUCUGAGAGUUUCCUUUCAGUUGAUACAAAAUUUUCCAAAGGUUUCUGAAAAACAUAUCUAGGGAUACAACACGUGGUAUAACAUUUCAAGGGAAAAAUAAUUUAUUUUUCAAAUUAUGAUUUAAAUAACUAAAACAAAUUUGUCACUACUAUUCCACUGGUUUACUUUGUUUAUUCAUUCAAAUAUACAUAUGUAUCUUGAAUACAUCUGCUCUGUACACUAAUUUAUGGAAACUUGUUAUUGAAGGAAUGGGUUUAGCUUUCCAUGUGAAUGAAUUAGUUGUAUUGAAUGAGUUAAGUGUGUAAGUGUGUGUGGAAAGUGUCAAUAUAUAUAGUCUUGUUUUACUUCUAAAAACCUAGAUGACGUGUCAAGUUAUUUCAGUAAUUCAAAAAAACCUGAAAAUUUAUAAUGCCUUAAUUAUGAAAGUCUCUAGGGGGACGUAAAAAUGCUUAUUAUGUAUUUUUCAAUAUAAAAAGUCUUCAUUUAGAAACUAGCAUCUAAAGUCUUUGUGUGACAUUGGAAAAAUACUCCUCUGUUUGAAUGAAUUUCAUGAAUGUUAAUAAGCUAAGCUGUGUUUAGACAAGGUCUUGCCUCUUAAGUAAUGUUUUCCAACAACUUCUCAUUCUUUGAGACCAUUAUGUAGAUCUUGUGAUGUCACAGCAAUCUCCAUGGCAACACAGACGUCACUGACAUGAAGCAUAAGCAAAGCUGUCUUUAUUCAAACCAUUUAUUCAUUCAUUUAUUUAUUUAUUUGAAAGAAUAAGAUAAAAAGUAGGUUAGGAAAAAACCUUUCAUCUUUGAAUGUUUUUCGAGAUAAAAUAAUACAGGAACUUCUAAUGUAAAACUAAAAUAAGGGUAAUUUUUCCCAAAGAAGGAUCUAUUCCCAAGUGUGCUGAUGAGGUGCCUGCCUCCGAGCUUUCUGUUCUAGAUAGGUUGCAAAGCUGAACUGCUGCAACAAGCUAAAUUUGUUGUUGCCUCUAAUAGUAGGUUCCAGUUUUGUUUGUUUAUAUAAUUGUAUGUUUAGUCUGUGAACAUAGAUCUUGAAUUCAACAGAAAAAUGCCAUUAAAACGUUUCUCUAGUGUGGUAUAUAUAAAAGGGUCGUAAAGGAACACUUAGUGGUAUUCCCCUCUGAAAAGUAUUCAGGAUCACCUGCUGCUAUAAAGACCCUGAGCAUCUACUCUUUCUACAGUAAAUUUGCAAAACAGUUUGUUAUUCUUAAAAGCACUUUUUCAUAUGGGAUUUUAAACCAUUUUCGGCUUAUUUUUUAGUUUUGAUGUUACAUUAUGAAAAGAUAAAGUGAAAAGCAACAAAUGUGAAACUUUAUACAAUUACUUAAUUUUUCUACCUAAACUAGUCAAACUUGCUACCAUAUUCACUCUUGUAACCAGGUAAAAUAUUAAAAUUAACCUCACUUGUCAAAACAGUACUCUGCUCUAAAAGAAAAACUGUGUGAAGAUCAUAAAUCACGUUUCAGGGUUGACUGAGAGGACUUUCUAUGGAAACAAACCUCUAGAAUCUAGCUAAUUUUAAAUUAUUCACUGUGUGUUUUCAGGAACUUCUUUUGAAGUGCUUUCAGUAGUCAGCUAUAAAUUAGCAGAUUAAUGGAACCUCUGAUCUGGGUUGCAUUUGCAUAAGAAUUAAAUCCCUAUGAGUAUUACAUAGAUAAAGCAGUAUGGUCUGUCAUCUGUAAGGAUGCUAACUAGAAGUGUUCAAAACACUGAAGAGGUUCACUAAAGUGUCCGGCUGGAGUUUAACUUCUACACAUUUUUAGCAGGAAUUAUUUAAAGCGUUAGUUUACUAUAAAUGUGCUUUUUUUAUUCUGUAGUUUUAAUAUGGCCUGGUUAGUCAUCAAGCAUCCUCUCUGUCUGUUUGCUGGGUUCUUUGCACCAUCCUGCUGCAGCAGCAGGGUUAUUAUCCUUGGCACCAUGAUUUCUCUUCCCCCACAGGCAGCAGGGGGUUUGGUCCCUGGUCAAGCAAGGAGCUGCAGGGAUGUCUCAGGCCUUUUUCUCUUGUGAAACACUCCUCCCAGGUAUUAUUAAGUCGUGUGUACUUAGCUGUGAUAUUGCAAGUGAGUCCCUUCCCUGACACAUGAGCUGUUGUAUCUGGGACUGUAAACACCUAAGCUAUCAUAUGACAUUGGAUAAGCCUAAUCAUCCUUAUCCAUGGUAUGCAGUGAGCUCAUGUCUCCAGGAUUUGCAAGUAGUGACAGUUCUGCAAAUGCCUCUUCAACUUGCCAGCAUCUCAAUUUUCCCUUUCAACUGAAAAGCAUUUUUGUAAAGCAGCGACUUUCUUUUGCUGAAAAAAAAGCUAAAAAUAGAACAACAUUGUAGGAAUUACAUAAGUUAAAGGAUGAAAAAAACCCUAAUCUAGUUAAUAUUUUAAAAUAUGCAGAUGACCACUAUAUUUUUAUUAAAAAGAAUAGUUAUUACAAGUCAAAAGCAGCUUGGGCAUCCCUUGCAUCUUUCCUCGCUUUUCCUAAAAGACGGGCACUAAUUCAAAUGAGAAUCAAAGAAGUCAGCCUAUAUUAUCAGAUAAUUUGAUGUUCUGUAUAAUGAUGCCUUGUCUUUCAGCUGACAAACUCUUUCUUUCACAGUUUGCAGUGUGCAGCUCUAAGUGUGGGGAAACCCUGCUGCCUUCCCUGCCUGCCUGCCUCAUCCCAGUGGAGCGCUGUUCACGUUAGAGUGGCUCUGCAUGCAUGACGGGCUCUGCCUUUUUUCUGAGGGGUCAAAAAAUGGCCACGCCAAAUUUAGUUUUCAUCAGAGCACUUAUGCCUUCCCCUGGGAAUGGCUUGUGUGCAUGUACCCGAGCUUCUUAAUUGUAACUUUCUUUUUUUCCUUGGCAAGGAUGAGUUGGAUGGAGGUUCUGGGUUUCAGAGCACACUGAUGUGAACCCGGCUAAACCUAGCUUGGCUAGAAUAAACCACGUAGAGGGACUGAUGCUUUUUAUUCUGAUAUGGACAUACCAAAAUGAAAUAUGGUAGUUCUUAAUGGAAAAGAUUCAUGAGGAGAAACUUGAUUGAAUCCCUUAUUAUCUCUCUAAAUGACAGAUAAAAAAUAGUUCCCAUUUUGUUUCCCCUCUAGACGUCUACUGACUACUGCUCUAUAUUUCAUCAAGGAAUUCAUGCCAACCAGUGUGACUGGUUGGCUUUACAACUAAAUCUAACUAACUAGCAUUUUGAUGUUGUUGCUAGCUGAAUGUUGAUUGUUACAUCAGGAUUUGAUUUUUAGGAUUUUUUGGAGAGCAGACAUUUCUGCUUAUUUUUGUUUCCGUACCAUCAGAUAAUAAUUGAUGCAGUGAUUGAAAGCAGGUGCCUGCCAUGACCUCCUCAGUCAUGGCACUGCUGUGAGGAAGUGGAGUGUGCAGGUGGGACAUGCAGCACAUGAUCCAUCCAAUGGCAUGGGGACUCCUCUCUGCUCUGAUAUUGAGAACUGGAGGAUAGAGCAAAGAUUGGAAAUUGAGUGGAUAGCACUUGAAUGCAAAUGGUGAUGGUAAUAAUAGCAUUUUCAGGGUGAGGGCUACCUCAGAGCAAAUGAAGACACUUUGCUUACAUAACUUCAAAUUCUAAAUAUGCUUCAUGCAAUACCUCUGUAUUUAAUUUUGGUAGUUUUCUAUGAUUCUCCUAAAUGUAGGUGUCAAUUGAAGCAAUGUAAUUUUCAUAAAAAGGGCUUUGAAGUAUUGGGUUUAUAUAAUUUAAGAUCCGUUUUUAUCAUGAAUAUGUUAAAAGCUUGAGAAACCGAACUGAACCGUGCAUAGCCUUGUGCUUAUGGAUUUUAUAUACAGUCUUGCCACAGAUAAAGAGAUUGCUUUCAGUGAAGGUGGGAGAAGGAUAAUGUUUACUUUAAUCUCCAUGUUUAUUUAGAUGUUCUGCAUUAGCAAAUACUGCACAUCAGUGAUCUUAAACCCAUUGUACCUCCCAUUUGAAAACUUCAGAACAAAGAAAAUUUUUGAAUAUCCUGAUUUCUGGAGUUUUGGAAUAAAAUAUUUCAAUAUUCAUCCAUUACAUUUCCACUUUAAUUAUUUUGUAAUUUUUUAAUUAAAAAAAAAGGCAAAAUCUGUAUGGAACUAAUUUCCUUGCUUACAUAUACCUUAUAAGAUUUUAAGAAUCUGAGAAACAAGAAAAUUUGCUGCUUGUAUUUUUCCUUUCAUUACAACUUGUCUAAAUAGAAAAUUCUUUUUUGAUUCAGAGCAAGUGUCAAUUACAUAGAUUUUAUUCUCAACCAGCAACUUUGUUCAAAAUAUUGCAAUUACAUAUACAUAAAGCUAUAACAGUAUUAUUAUUAUUUGCUGAAGAAUGUGCACCACAGACAUGACCAUACUUUGUGGAGCUAUCAUUGUAAGGUUUAGAAAUAGUUUUACUAAAACCUUAGGCUAAUGUAAUGUAGGGAAUAUCAAAAUAAAAGUUAAGAUUACAUUGUAGAGGAAACCCUAAUUUUUUCUGUCCUUUUUGCAAAAUUGUCAUAAGUGAAAUUGAAUUUUCUAUGUGCGUGAUCUCUGAUUUUUAAGAGGGAAAAAGAACAGGGCUUAACACUGAAAACCCUUUUCUUGGUGCUGUGAGGUUUCCUUCAGAUUCUGCAUCACUUUUGAUGAAUGCAUUUACAUUCCAGUGCUGAGAAAUAACUUUCCAUUUGGGAGCUGGGUUGACGUGAAAACAGGAAUGUGGAGGCCCAGGGUGAGGGGACAGGGCUGAAUGCUGAUAGAGAAACAUUCCCUCUUCAGUAGCUGCUGCCUCUCCUGUGAGCUUUGAAAAGAGCAUCUGUGUGAGCGUGUGUGAGGAUGUCUGGGGACCUGGGGAAAUGGAUGGGUCAUGUCUGGAGAAAACUGCCUUGUCCUCCAAUGUCAUGAUGAUAGGAGAAAGAAUAGAACAAGUCACCUCAAUAACUGCAAGUUUUUGGCUGUCUUAAUGUUUUUGGCAAGCGUUCUGCUGGCAGCUUCAGACGUGGAUGUGAAUGCAUUGUUUUAGAGCCUUCUGAAAUGAUUGUGGUUGAUUACAUGGAAGAAAAUGAGGAAUAUUUCCAGCGUCAAGCAUCUCACAGGCAAUCUCGAAGGAGGUUUAGGAAAAUCAACCAGAAAGGGGAGCGACAAACAAUUAUUGAUACUGUUGACCCUUAUCCUGUGGGGAAGCCACCUCUACCCAGAGGCUACCAUACGGAAUGCACUAAACCUCAGCUUCCUGCAGAUUUCACAAAGCUGCACCUUACUGACAGUCUCCACCCACAGGUGACCCACGUUUCAUCUAGUCACUCAGGAUGUAGCAUCACUAGUGAUUCAGGAAGCAGCAGCCUUUCUGAUAUCUACCAGGCUACAGAAAGUGAGGCUGGUGAUAUGGAUCUCAGUGGAUUGCCAGAGACAGCAGUGGAUUCUGAGGAUGAUGAUGAUGAAGAAGACAUUGAAAGGGCAUCAGAUCCUUUGAUGAGUAGGGAUAUUGUUAGAGACUGCUUGGAGAAAGACCCAAUAGACAGGACAGAUGAUGACAUUGAACAACUACUGGAAUUCAUGCAUCAAUUGCCUGCUUUUGCCAACAUGACAAUGUCAGUGAGGAGAGAACUCUGUGCUGUGAUGGUGUUUGCAGUUGUGGAGAGAGCAGGAACUAUUGUACUAAAUGAUGGGGAAGAGCUGGAUUCCUGGUCAGUCAUUUUGAAUGGCUCUGUGGAGGUGACAUACCCUGAUGGAAGAACAGAGAUAUUGUGCAUGGGGAAUAGUUUUGGUGUUUCCCCCACCAUGGAAAAGGAAUAUAUGAAAGGAGUGAUGAGAACCAAAGUGGAUGACUGCCAGUUCGUUUGCAUAGCCCAGCAAGAUUAUUGCCGCAUCCUCAAUCAAGUGGAAAAGAACAUGCAGAAGGUGGAAGAGGAAGGGGAGAUUGUGAUGGUGAAGGAGCACAGGGAGUUGGACCGCACUGGAACGAGGAAAGGCCACAUUGUCAUCAAGGGAACAGCUGAAAGGUUAACAAUGCAUUUGGUGGAAGAGCACUCUGUGGUAGACCCAACAUUUAUAGAAGACUUCCUAUUGACGUAUAGGACCUUUCUUUCCAGCCCAAUGGAAGUGGGCAAGAAGUUGUUGGAGUGGUUCAAUGACCCCAGCCUCAGGGAUAAGGUUACACGGGUAGUAUUGUUGUGGGUGAACAAUCACUUCAAUGAUUUUGAAGGAGAUCCUGCUAUGACUCGAUUUCUGGAGGAAUUUGAGAACAAUUUGGAGAGGGAGAAAAUGGGUGGACAUUUGAGGCUGUUAAAUAUUGCUUGUGCUGCUAAAGCUAAACGAAGAUUGAUAACCUUAACAAAGCCAUCUCGAGAAGCCCCUUUGCCUUUUAUCUUGCUGGGAGGGUCAGAAAAGGGAUUUGGAAUCUUUGUUGACAGUGUAGAUUUUGGUAGCAAAGCUACAGAAGCAGGCUUGAAACGUGGAGACCAGAUAUUGGAAGUGAAUGGUCAAAACUUUGAAAACAUUCAGUUGACAAAAGCCAUGGAAAUCCUUAGAAAUAACACUCAUCUGUCUAUCACUGUGAAAACCAAUUUAUUUGUUUUUAAAGAACUCUUAACAAGGUUGUCAGAGGAAAAAAGAAAUGGUGCUCCCCACCUGCCUAAAAUUGGUGAUAUUAAAAAGGCGAGUCGUUAUUCCAUCCCUGACCUUGCUGUUGAUGUGGAGCAGGUAAUAGGAUUAGAAAAAGUAAAUAAGAAAAGUAAAGCCAACACAGUUGGAGGAAGAAAUAAGUUAAAGAAGAUACUUGACAAGACUCGAAUCAGCAUUCUGCCUCAGAAACCAUACAAUGACAUUGGAAUUGGCCAGUCUCAGGAUGACAGCAUUGUAGGACUGAGGCAAACAAAGCACAUUCCUCCUGCUUUACCUGUCAGUGGAACCCUGUCAUCCAGUAAUCCCGACCUGCUGCAGUCUCAUCACCGCAUCUUAGACUUUAACACUACUCCAGACUUACCAGACCAAGUUCUGCGGGUUUUCAAGGCAGACCAGCAAAGUCGCUACAUAAUGAUCAGCAAGGACACCACAGCAAAGGAAGUGGUCAUCCAGGCCAUCAGGGAGUUUGCUCUGACUGCAACCCCUGAUGCCUAUUCACUGUGUGAGGUCUCUGUCACACCUGAGGGUGUCAUCAAGCAAAGGAGGCUCCCUGAUCAGCUCUCCAAGCUUGCUGACAGGAUACAGCUGAGUGGCAGGUAUUACCUGAAGAACAACAUGGAAACAGAAACUCUUUGUUCAGAUGAAGAUGCUCAAGAGUUGCUAAGGGAAAGCCAAAUUUCCCUACUACAGCUCAGUACUGUUGAGGUGGCUACCCAACUCUCCAUGAGGAACUUUGAGCUGUUCCGUAAUAUCGAACCCACGGAAUACAUAGAUGACUUGUUUAAACUCAAAUCAAAAACAGGUUGCACUAAUCUAAAAAGGUUUGAAGAGGUCAUAAAUCAAGAAACAUUCUGGGUGGCUUCUGAGAUUCUAAGAGAAACCAACCAGCUGAAAAGGAUGAAGAUCAUUAAGCAUUUCAUUAAGAUAGCGCUACACUGCAGAGAAUGCAAGAACUUCAACUCGAUGUUUGCCAUCAUUAGUGGCCUGAAUUUGGCACCAGUUGCGAGGCUCCGAACUACUUGGGAAAAACUUCCAAGCAAGUAUGAAAAACUGUUUCAAGAUCUACAGGACUUGUUUGAUCCAUCUAGGAAUAUGGCAAAAUAUCGUAAUGUCCUUAACAGCCAAAACUUACAGCCCCCUAUUAUCCCCCUGUUUCCUGUCAUCAAAAAAGACCUUACAUUCCUUCAUGAAGGAAAUGAUUCUAAAGUGGAGGGCCUGGUGAAUUUUGAGAAGCUGCGGAUGAUUGCGAAGGAGAUACGCCAUGUGGGUCGCAUGGCAUCUGUGAACAUGGACCCUGCUCUUAUGUUUAGAACAAGGAAGAAGAAAUGGAGGAGUUUGGGGUCUCUCAGCCAGGGCAGUGCCAAUGCAGCUGUGCUGGAUGUUGCACAAGCAGGGGGGCAUAAAAAGCGGGUCCGUCGCAGUUCCUUUCUUAAUGCUAAAAAGCUUUAUGAAGAUGCUCAGAUGGCACGGAAAGUGAAGCAGUAUCUCUCAAACUUGGAUCUGGAAAUGGAUGAAGAGAGCCUUCAGACACUCUCUCUGCAGUGUGAGCCAGCCACAAACACAUUGCCGAAGAAUACGGGAGACAAGCGAUCUGGGAAAUCUGAAACGUCACCAGUGGCUCCCCGGGCAGGCAUCCAGCAGAAAGUGCAGCAGCAGCACAAAGUAAACCAAGCACUGCAGGUCCCAGCCGUGUCUCUUUACCCCUCUCGCAAGAAGGUGCCAGUCAAAGACCUGCCACCAUUCGGCAUUAACUCCCCACAAGCUUUAAAGAAAAUCCUUUCAUUAUCAGAAGAAGGAAGUUUGGAUCCUCACAAGAAACAAUCUGAAGACGCUGUCUCAAGUGCAUCUUCGCAGCUCUCUUCUCCUCCUACUUCACCACAGAGCUCUCCAAGGAAAGGCUACACUUUGGCUCCAAGCAGCACCGUGGAUAACUUCUCCGAUUCUGGUCACAGUGAAAUUUCUUCCAGAUCUAGUAUUGUCAGCAAUUCCUCUUUCGACUCUAUGCCAGUCCCCCUGCAUGAUGAGAGGAGACAGAGGCAUUCUGUCAGCAUCGUGGAGACAAAUCUUGGUGUGGGAAGGAUUGAUAGAAGAAUCAUGAUUGAACCAGAUCAAUACAGCUUAGGCUCAUAUGCACCGCUGUCAGAGACCAGAGGCCUGUAUGCUGGAGCAACUGUACUUUCUUCUCCUAGUACAGAAGAGCUGUCACAGGACCAGGGGGACAGAGCUUCGCUCGACGCAGCUGACAGCGGCCGUGGGAGCUGGACUUCUUGCUCGAGUGGCUCCCAUGACAACAUCCAGACUAUCCAGCACCAGAGGAGCUGGGAGACACUGUCUUUCGGACACGCUCAUUUUGAUAGUUCAGGCGAUGGGGCAGGACUGUGGGCCUCAGGCAGCCACAUGGACCAGCUGAUGUUCCCUGACCAUGGCACAAAGUAUGGCAGGCAAAGUCAAGGUAGGGAGGGCCUUGAUCAAGCACAGUCCAGAGCAAGCUGGGCAUCUUCCACAGGAUACUGGGGAGAGGACUCCGAGGGUGAUACAGGUACCAUAAAGCGGAGGGGUGGGAAGGAUGUUUCAAUUGAAGCUGAAACCAGUAGCAUAACAUCUGUACCAGCAGAGGAGACAAAGCCAGCUCCUGUCCCUGCCCACACAGCAGCAGCAUCAAGUAGUACCAAGGGGCUUGUUGCAAGAAAAGAGGGUCGAUACCGGGAACCACCUCCAACUCCUCCCGGUUAUGUAGGAAUACCUAUUGCUGAGUUUGCAGAAGGUGGCUCCCAUCCCACCAGGAAGCCUCCAGACUACAAUGUGGCACUUCAGAGGUCUAGAAUGGUGGCACGGACAUGUGAGACUCAUGGGACAGCAACUCCACAGCAGCAGUCGCACGGCCACUCAACUGGCAGGCCCGUGAACAAACCUCAGUGGCAUAAACCAAAUGAGUCAGACCCACGUCUUGCUCACUAUCCAUCUCAAGGGUUUUCCACAGAGGAAGAUGAAGAUGAACAAGUCUCUGCUGUCUAA